UCAGACAUAAAGUCCCGCCUUUUGCCCGCCUCAGCCUUCCUCACCGGUCUGUCCAUACUCGUUUGUUUUUCGAGUUUCCCGCGGGCACCAUCCCUUGAAGACGACCAACCACAACCGAGUUUUGUUAGCCUGGCCAACCAGAGGCGAGGGCCUCCAGGUGUUCGGGCCCGGCCUCGGCCACCAUGUCCCACCAGCCCCCUCUGGGUUCCUCAGUGCCACAAGUCAACUGCCUGGACCUGUGGAGGGCAGAGAAUGACCGGCUAGUACGACAGGCCAAGGUGGCUCAGGACUCGGGUCUGUCUCUGAGGCGGCAGCAGUUGGCUCAAGAUGCACUGGAAGGGUUCAGGGGACUCCUCCAUAGUCUGCAGGGGCUCCCUGCAGCUGUUCUUGUUCUACCCUUGGAAUUGACUGUUAUCUGCAACUUCACUACCUUGAGGGCGAGCCUGGCCCAGGGUUUCACUGAGGACCAGGCACAGGAUAUCCAACGUGGCCUAGAGAGAGUGCUGGAAACCCAGAAGCAGCUGGGGCCCAGGCUGGAAGGUGGACUCAUGGAGCUGUGGAACUCCAUCCUCCACGUAUCCUCCCUUCCACUGAGGCUGCUCCCUGCCCUUCAUCAUCUGGCGGGCCUGCAGGCUGCUCUCUGGCUAAGCACUGAUCGUCUUGGGGACUUGACCUUGCUGCUGCAGACCCUGAACAGCAGCCAGAAUGAGGCCUCUGGGGAUCUGCUGAUCCUUCUAAAAACGUGGAGUCCCCCAGCUAAGGAGUCAGAUGACCCACUGACCCUGCAGGAUGCCCAGGGAUUGAGGGAUGUCCUUCUGACAGCAUCUGCCUUUCGCCAAGGCCUCCAGGAGCUGAUCACAGGGAGUCUGCCCAGAGCAUUGAGCAGCCUGUAUGAAGCGGCCUCAGGUCUGUGCCCACGGCCUGUGUUGGUCCAGGUGUACACAGCACUGGGGACCUGUCUCCGAAAGAUGGGCAAUCCACAGAGAGCUCUGCUAUACUUGGUUGCAGCCCUGAAAGGGGAGUCAAUCUGUGGUCCCCCACUUCUGGAGGCCUCGAGGCUAUAUCGGCAACUGGGGAACACAGCGGCAGAGCUGGAGAGUCUGGAACUUCUGGUUGAGGCCUUGAAUGUCAUUCCCAGCUCUGAAGUCCCCCAUUUUCUUAUUGAGGUAGAGUUGCUACUCCCACGACCUGACCCAGCCUCACCCCUUCACUGUGGUACACCGAGCCAGGUCAAAUACCUGCUAGCAAGCCGAUGCCUACAGAUGGGAAGGGCAGAAGAUGCUGCAGAGCAUUACUUGGACCUGCUGGCCCUGUUGCUAGAUGACUCGGAGCCAAAGUUCUCCCCACCCCCCCACCCCCCAGGGCCCUGUAUGCCUGAGAUGUUCUUGGAGGCAGCAGCAGCACUGAUCCAGGCAGGCCGAGCUCAGGAUGCUUUGACAGUAUGUGAGGAGCUGCUGAGCCGCACGUCAUCUCUGCUUCCCAAGAUGCCCCAGCUAUGGAAAGAUGCCAGAAAAGAAACCAAGGAAUCACCACACUGCCCAACCUGGGUCUCUGCCACCCACCUGCUUCUGGGCCAAGCCUGGGUGCAACUAGGGGCCCAAAAACAAGCAAUUAGUGAAUUUAGCCGGUGCCUUGAGCUGCUCUUCCGAGCCACACCUAAAGACAAAGUACAAGGGCCUGCUUCCAACUGUGAGCAGGGCUAUACAUCAGAUGUGGAACUACAACAGCUUCGGGCAGCUGCCUUGAUUAGUCGUGGACUAGAAUGGGGGGCCAGUGGCCAGGAUACCAAAGCACUACAGGACUUCCUCCUCAGUGUGCAGGUGUACCCAGGUAAUGGAGAUGCUUCCUUUCAUCUGCUUCAGACCCUGAAGAGGCUGGAUCGGAGGGAUGAGGCCACUGCUCUUUGGCAGAGGCUGGAGGUCCAAGAUAAGUUGCCACAGGAGAAUGCUACAUGGUCUCUCCCCUUGUACCUUGAAACCUGUUUGAGCUGGAUUCGUCCUCCUGACCGUGAAGCCCUUCUUGAAGAGUUUCGGACAUCUCUGCAGGAGCCUUGUGACCUGUAGCUGCCAAGUUUUGAAGAGUCUGAGCUUGGGCCCCCAGUGGGCCAUCUUUCUGUGGGGAGGGCUUUCUGCUUUACCAUCUUUGGGGAAUGUGGCUGGAGCUGACCAUUCCUAUAUGAGUCUGACUUUGGAGAGGUUGGUGGUACGCCUGCAAAAUUUUUUGGCCUAGUUACUGGCAUCUGGUUCCAGAGGACCCCCCCUUCCUCUACCGCCACCAAUAAGGCAUUGACUUUGCUCAUGGCACCUUUUUUUCCUGUUUCCCCUUUUCUUGUGUUCAGUAAAAUCUCAUAUCUA